AUGUGCUUCGAAAAAAAGUUAAAGAGACCAAACUCCAGGGUCCCCUGGGCCCAAAGAAGAAAGGAGGAAGAGAUAUGGGGUGUGGCUCACCCAAGUACAGGGUUCUUCAACGUCAAGAAGGAGGAAGAGGAAGAAGCCAUAGUAUAUCCUAUACAGACUAAUGACAACCCAAGCCCCACUUCUGACAUUACCAGUCAUAGUUCUGAUGACUCCAGCCCUGACAAUGGCCCUCGAGCCACCCCUGACAAUGGCCCUAGAGCCACCCCUGACAAUGGCCCUCGAGCCACCCCUGACAAUGGCCCUAGAGCCACCCCUGACAAUGGCCCUCGAGCCACCCCUGACAAGAACAACCCCCACCAUAACAGCGACCCCAGGUCUGGCCCUGCCAGUGGAGGGGCAUCGGACAAGGACCCUGCAUCCAGAGAGGAAGAUGAGGAGGGAGAGGAGAGGAGCACCAAGAUCUCAGCAAACCCAGGGACUAAGUCCAACAAGACCAAAGGCGGUCAUCAGAGGCCGUUCCCCUGCUCUAGGUGUGGGAAGCGUUUAUCCACCACUGUUAGCUUAGACAAACACCAGGUCAUCCACACCCGACUGAGACCGUACCCCUGCUCCGUACCGGCCUGCGCCAAGAGGUUCUGCUCACCAGCCGAGCUGAAGAGACACACACUCACACACACAGGAGAGAGACCCUUCCCCUGUCCAGACUGUGACAAGAGCUUCACCAUACUGGCUGCUUUAAAGACCCACCAGAGAACACACACAGGAGAGAGACCUUACGUCUGUGAGGUGUGUGGCAAGGUUGGUUCUUUUAUUAAAUCUCCUUUACUGAUUGUUUGCUUUUAUUUUUUUGUCAUUUGAUUGUUUUACUGUGAAGAGUGUUGCAAAUUUAAAAUACUUUUUGUAGUAAUUUAUAGUGUUUUUUUUAUGGACAGUGAUAGUCGGAAUGUAUAGGGGAGACAGAUACAGAGAGAGAGAGAGAGAGGAUUCGUACCCAUGUCGCCAGGUGUAUAAACUGAGUGUACAAAACAUUAUGAACACCUGCUCUUUCCAUGUCAUAGACUGACCAGGUGAAUCCAGGCGAAAGCUAUGAUCCCUUAUUGAUGUCACUUGUUAAAUCCACUCCAAUCAGUGUAGAUGAAGGAGAGGAGACGGGUUAAAGA